AUGUCUGGUGCCAGUACAAGUACCACGCGCAGUGACUCCGCCCACAGUCGCAUAGCCGACUCUUCCACUUCGGACCCUGCAGCUGCAGACGCUUGCUUCGAUACUGCAUUACCGCCCAUGAGUUCCAAACAGAUGGUCGUCUCCACGCGUCGUCCACCUCGUGCUUCCGAAUCCUCCCUGAUCGCUACUAACCUCCGCAACACCAAUCGCGCCGUCACUACCCUGCCAUACAAUCCCGGAACGACCACCAUCGCUCGCGGGCCCAGCACACAUCGUCGUACCGGCAGCACCCUCAAGACCGUCAUGCGGAAGAUCUUCACCCGCAAAAGUCGUGGGCAGGAGGACGACGAUUCCGCUGAUUGUCGGUUCGGCAACCACAGUCCGCGAUCGAAUCAAUCGCUCGACAAGCCGCAGCCGCUCUCCGGUUCGUGGAACGCCAAAUCCACCAGUCCGUUGCAACAGGAACACGGGCCCGUCACCUCGUGGGAAGAGGCCCUGCGCAAGCUCGAACCGCACCCCCGCCGCCGACGGGCCACUCUGCCGAGCUUGAUCUUUUCGGACGACGAAUCUCGCGGUGCCCUGGAGGCGGUCGUGCAUUCGGGCCGACCGACCAGUAGACGGGACAACAGUCCGCACGCCAACAGUGAUCCGGAUGAGGUCCGCCGCCGAGAGAUGCGCCAGAUCAAGCGUCGCUCCCGCAGCGCGACCGCCCUGCGCGGUAUGGCCAAAGAUCACCUGAUGUCUCCCAUUCAAUGGCGACGCCGCAGUCUGGAGUCGUGCGCCGGAUCGACGACCUUUGGCGCGGUGUCCGAGGCCGAUGCAUCGGAACGACCCCCGACCCGGACCACGGUCGCCAGUGCCCCCAAACCCACGACGGAGCCGUCCUUCCUGGAUGGGCCGGAUGAGGACGAUGAGGAAGACGCACCGGAGGAGCCGAUGCCCCAAACCGUGGGAACGCUAGUCAACUCAUUACAACACGAUGAGAACGUGACGCUGGAACAGCGACUGACCACCUUGGAGGUAAAAUUGAUCGACUUGGAAUGUGCGAUCGCACGCAUACAGUCUGGACGCAGUGAAACGCCGGCCGAGCCGUCGGGACAGAGGAAACCGUCACCCCCGACGACACGGCACAAGCGCAAGCAAUCGUCGGCCCAGUCGCCGUCGGGUAGUGACGAGACCCCGGGCGCCAAGUCGCCCGGCGGCGCCGAUCGCCCGUCUAGCACGAGCACACUGCGCCCGAACCAUCUCCACCGCUCACGCACAUUGCAGGCCCCGUCCUCCACGUCGCUGCACGAAUGCAAUACCAUCUCCGUCGAACAGUACAGCGCACUGGUGAUGCUGCUGCGUCGGGAGCAAUCUGCGCGACGCAAUCUCGAGGAACAGGUGUCCAGUCUGCGGAGCGAUGUCGAGCAACUCACGCGCGUGGCACGCGAAUCCAUGGGCAUGGGUCCGAUUUAUCCCAUCCCAAUUGACGCGCAUGAUAUUAUGCGCAUGCGGCAGGCCCUGGGGCCGUCUCCGACCAACUCGGGACCGCCGACGGAAAAGAUCUGCCCGGACAGUGAUUCCGAGGAGCGCCCGGAGCUCCCUCCGAAGGGAGACUUGUACCAUCCGCGGUGGCCGUCGGCGCGACGCGUCGAGGUUGGCGGGAUGAUAUGA